ACGGGGGUAGGCAGCUGGGGGUGGGGGGGCGGCCCUGAAUAGGGGCUGUGGCGGUACGUGGGGUUACGGCUGUGGUGGCUGCGGGACUGGCUAGAAACUAGUAAGUUCCUCUGGGAUCAAAUAGAAUUUUAUAAGAACAUAAUGGAUGGAGAGGAGAAAACCUAUGGUGGCUGUGAAGGCCCUGAUGCCAUGUAUGUGAAAUUAAUAUCUUCUGAUGGUCAUGAAUUUAUUGUAAAAAGAGAACAUGCAUUAACAUCAGGAACAAUAAAGGCCAUGUUGAGUGGUCCAGGUCAGUUUGCGGAGAAUGAAACCAAUGAGGUCAACUUUAGAGAGAUCCCUUCACAUGUGCUAUCGAAAGUGUGCAUGUAUUUUACCUACAAGGUCCGCUAUACUAACAGCUCCACUGAAAUUCCUGAAUUCCCAAUUGCACCUGAAAUUGCACUGGAACUGCUGAUGGCCGCGAACUUCCUAGAUUGUUAAAUAAAAUAAAUUAUAAUAAACUGUUAAUUUUUUUUCAGUAUUUAAUACCUGUAGUUCAGUUAGUAAUUUUUUUCACAUAUAGCAUGUUGCCUGUAUGAAAUUGAACUCUAAAGUUAAUUGCUGAGCAGAUUUCUUCUGUCAUUUGCAUAGCAGAGUUGAAAUUUGUUUGCUACAUCAACAAAUUAAGGAAGUUUCACAAGCCAAAAAAUAAAUAAAUAAUGCCAGUUUAUAGGUGGUUUGCUUUCUCCUUUGGAUGUGACCUUUAAAGUUAUACCUGAUAUAGCAAAUCCUGGAAUGUAAGCGUAAAUGAAUAUAUUCUACAGGUAAAUACAGGGGCUAAGGAUUUUUAUGUUUUUAGUGUUUUUUUAAGAACCAGUUCUGAUCUUAAGCCACUGAGCAUUAUUAGAGUUAUGCAAAUAAUUACAUGAAAAACAUGUUUAUAACUUAGCCGAACCUUGAUUUUUGUAACUCAAAGAAUAAGAGUUGAAAUUUCUUAUGUGUUUUUUGAUAAACUGCAGUAUUGUUUAAGUGCAUCUUGUGUUUUGUUUAUUGCCACAAUUCAAGUACUUUAUUUAAAAGCAAUUUUGGAAGCUAACCAGGUAUAUUUUUUAGAAUAGUAACUGAACUGUAGCCGUCUAGUCAAGUAAAUGAUGACUUACGAGUUCUGUGCACUGUGUUUGAACAUUCUGAAGCAUGACUCCUGCUAUCAUCAGGGUGUCUCAAGUUUCCAUUCUUCAUGGUUUCUUGGGGUAACACUUCAUGGUGUUGAGAUGUGUCCUAAACACUUCAUGAGCUUGAUCCAAACUUAGAGUCUAGGUGUGCCAAGCUCUUCUAGUCUUCCUGCAUCACUGGAAUGCUAUGAAAAUAGCAAUGGAGGGCUGUGGUGCGAGCCCUGUGCUCGUGACGUACCACCAGAUAGGUACCCUCCUAGCGCAUCUUCCAGCCAACCUUACAUACUAAAAGCCAUGGGUCUGCUGAAGUCACAUUCAUGAGUCACAUUCAGCCUUUAAACUGAGCAGACAAAAUCUCUGAAUGUGUUGGCUAGAUCUGCCUCGGCAUGGUGGAGCGCUGAAGUGAAUAGGAUGGUGGGAUGUGGCUGCCUCCAGUGGCUGUCACCGGUCUGUCUGCAAGCCUUCCUCAUUCUUCCCAGGACCGGAAGCUGCAGAAACCGUAACUUCUCAGCAUGGAAGUGGCUCCAUGUAAAUUGGUUUAUUUUUAGUAAUGUUUCAAGGCAUAUGCUGGCACACAGCUUAGUACAAUAUUAUGGAAGUACAGGAAUUGUGUUUCGGGCUACAAGUAUUGGAAACUCAGUGGUAGUGCUACUGUGACAAAGCCCUCUGGUUGGUCAGUCUCUAGCUAACAUAUUUGCCCUUUCUAUCAGCGCUGAUUCAAAGCCCAAAAGACAGUAGCUAGAAAGAAGAGUUAGCUUGAGCCAGUUUUUGCAGGCUACUCUGUGUUAGGUCCAGAGGUAGCCUUAACUUCAGGACAUUAAAAUUACAACACUCUAGGCAAAUUGUAUAUGGUACAGCAAAUGGUACAUUGUGUUAAUAAACGCUGUAUUGGCUGAAAAGGUCCGA